CUUUCUCCACCCACCGUCUACGGUCCCUUACCGAAUGUCUUUGAUACAUGCUCUAGUUUCUCGUGGCUCUACGAUCCUCGCUGAACAUAAAGCCGGCAGCCGUGAUUUUACUCAAGCUACUCAGAUUAUUCUGUCCAAGAUACCUCCCAAUAACAGCAAGCUCACAUAUGUCUGGGAACAGUAUCUAUUCCAUUAUGUCUCCGACGGAGGCUUCAUAUACCUUGUGAUGGCGGAGGACUCUGCUGGAAGGAAGAUGCCCUUCGCCUUUCUUGCUGAACUUCAGCGGAAGUUCUUAGAAGCACCAUCCUCUUCAGCAGCAGAUCCUGAACUUCCUGCAUACGGCUUACAGGGAACAUUCGCUCCUACGAUUGCAAAUUUGAUGCACACUUACAACACCACUCCUCCUGCCGAUGAAGUACAGAAAGCUCAGAGGCAACUCAACCAAGUGAAGGAUAUCAUGGUUCAGAAUGUGGAACAAAUCUUAAGCCGUGGUGAGAGGAUCGAGCUAUUGGUGGACAAGACAGACGUCAUGGCAGGGCAAGCUACUGCAUUUCGAAGAGGUGCGCGAGGCGUCAGACGUCAGAUGUGGUGGCGGAAUCAGAAGAUACUGGGGUUGAGUGUUCUUGUCGGAUUGGUCUUACUCUGGAUCAUUGUCGCCCAGUUCUGCGGCGCGGGCCUUAACCAGUGCGGAUCGAAAUCGUGAAUUUACCAUCAUACUCGAAGUCUGGCGUUGGACGCCGACACCAGACCCUUCUCAUUAAUCUAUCGAAUAUUCCCAGAUAUUUUACUUUUUAUCGCUAUCUUCCUUAUCAUUCGGUGCCAAGUUUACUUUGCAAAAGUGUUCGUCAUGAUCCGGCCUAUGUACCACCUCACAUUGGGCAACCAGUUGUUGAUCUUCACUCUUUGAUCUGGUGAAAGUCAAACGAGGACUUUGACGGCCAAC